CAAAAUGUCCAAAAUUUCCCUCAUUUGCAUUGCCCUCUUUGCCCAAUAUGCUUCCAUACUUUGCUCCAAAGAUCUCUCAGAUUCCAUCCUAUGGAGAUCCGCCAAGAACUCGUCGGAUCAAUCAGAGUCGCCGGAACCGAAAUCGAAACCGUCGUCAUGUCGAACUGGAAAUCCCAUCGACGACUGCUGGCGUUGCGACCCCGACUGGGAAGCCAACCGCCGCAACCUCGCCGACUGCAGCAUCGGCUUCGGCCGGAACGCCGUCGGCGGCCGCGACGGCGAAUUCUACGUCGUUAAUUCUCCCGCCGACGACCCCCGCGACCCUCCUCCGGGCACUCUCCGGCACGCCGUCAUCCAAUCGGAGCCGCUCUGGAUCAUCUUCGACCACGAUAUGAGCAUCCGCCUCAAGGAGGAGCUAAUGAUGAACUCCUACAAGACCAUCGACGCACGUGGCCGGCACGUGGAGAUUUCAGACGGCCCCUGCAUCACAAUCCAGGGCGUCUCCAACAUCAUCAUCCACGGCGUCUACAUCCAUGGCUGCGUUCCGGCGGGGAACGCCGUUGUCACCGACAAGCCCCGCCACUACCAGCUGAGGGGCCUGUCGGACGGCGACGGGAUCUCCAUCUUCGGCAGCCGUGACAUUUGGAUCGACCAUUGCACCCUCGCCGAGUGCUCCGACGGCCUCGUCGACGUUGUGAAUGCGUCGACGGCCAUAACCGUGUCGAACAAUUACAUGUUCCGGCACAACGAGGUUAUGCUCAUGGGACAUAGCGACGAUUUCAUAGAGGAUCGAGUUAUGCAGGUCACGAUCGCUUUUAACUACUUCGGCGAGGGGUUAGUCCAGAGGAUCCCAAGGUGUAGGCAUGGGUACUUUCACGUCGUGAACAAUGUGUACACCGGUUGGAAAAUGUAUGCGAUCGGAGGGAGCGCGAAUCCGACCAUUAAUAGUCAGGGCAACGUUUUCAUUGCAUCCGACGAGCAUACUACAAAGGAGGUGACGAAAAGGGAAACGGAUCCAGAGGAUGAGGAAUGGAAGAGUUGGAAUUGGAGAUCGGACGGGGACUUACUACUUAAUGGGGCGUAUUUCACGACAUCGGGUAAUGAUACCUCGGAGAGCUAUGUGAAAGCGUCGAGCAUGGUCGCGAGGCCGGCGUCGUUGCUGGCCAACAUUAUACCUUCUGCAGGAGUACUCAACUGCCAAAUUGGACAAAGUUGCUCAACCUAAUUUAUUGCAACAAGAUAUUGAUUAGGAUGAUGUAUUAUUGUUUGUUAUGAUUUUGAUUUUGAUUUGUUCUAUAUAUAUGUGUGUGUGAUGUGUGAAUGAAUGAAUGUUCAAUUGUGUUCGAUA